AAAACUUUUAUAUUAGGAAAAAAGCGGCCUGGGAAGGGCUAAAGACACGUGGUGUGUGUUUACAAAAGACAUUUUCCAUCUUCUCCAGUAUAUAUAAUCAGGAGAUAUGGAUGAGCUGAGUGAUGGAGAGAUUGAUGAUUCAUCUGGUUCCGAUAAGUCACCUGAUCAUCCCCGUGACGAUGACGACUCUCCUCCGGUAGCAAAGAAAAAGAAGACGUUUUCAAUGGACUAUUCCGAGCCGGGUCUCUAUGGUAACACUGGCGCUAGUAGUUUAUCCAAAAAGCAACGAAAGAAAGCGCGAACAAACGAACUCCGUCGGUUGCAACAAGAACGAAAACGACAAGAAUCCAAGGCCAAGACGUCUGGGUCUGAGGGGGUGGAGCCACUCACUGUACAGCAAGUAAACACUCUCAACGGACUCAUUGCUCUAACUAAAGGUCAGAGUUCAGCUAUGGCAAUGCAGAAAUUGAAGACUGCCAAUUUUCAGACUCUUAUAUCGCACAUAGUAUGUGAUCGGCCGGUUGCUAUGCAAGAUCUCCCUGGAGACGAAGAGUUGAAGAAACUUCGUGUCGUUGUUUUGUGGAUGGCGAUGAUUUCCGAGGAAUUUUUCACCAACUCUGAACAGAACUUUCCCAAACUGAAAUCUCUCUCACCCACUCUCAAGUUCAAAGUAGAGCAUCCUGGUUCUGCACGUUUCGUUAAAAUGGGACUUGAAUCUUUCUUCUGUAAUGCUGCAAACAAUGAACCUCCAAAGCCCAAAGUUUCAUCGGCCAUUCCCAGGCUAACGAGAAGUGCGUAUGUACUCACUAAAGAAGAGUUAACUGGUCACGGUUUUCCAGUCCCUGGUAUGACUGAGCCCACGGACACUUCCGAUUACAUCACUGUGACAUCAUGGCCGGACAAAGAGCCACAGACUGUACUGAAAGAGAUGGGAGACGUUCGAAUGUUUGCUAUCGAUUGUGAAAUGGUGGAGACAGAGCCACAGAAAUCAGAACUGGCACGCGUGUCUAUUGUAGACGAGGCACUCAACUGUAUCUACGACACGCUCGUCAAACCGGACAAACCAGUUACAGAUUAUCGGACAAAGUUCAGUGGCAUCGAUCAAGAGAUGCUAAAAGAUGUCACAGUUAAUUUGAGCGAAGUACAACAGAAGAUAUCGGAACUAGUGCCCUCCGGAUCCAUUCUGAUUGGUCAUUCUCUCGAUAACGAUUUCCAUGCUCUCAAAUUCUCACAUCCUUUCGUCAUUGAUACCUCCUGUAUCUUCACACCUACUGCCACACCCAGGAACAAACCCGGACUGAGAAGACUGGCCAAGGAACUACUCGGCAUGGAUAUACAGACGGGCACGGGAACAAGCGGCCAUAACUCUAUCGAGGAUGCUUCGACUUGCAUGCGAUUGGUUCAGCACAAGAUACAAUCUGGUCCUAACUGUACGAUCCCCUUCAAUGAAGGGGCUCAUAACAUCAUCCUGACAGAGUACAGAACGCUUGGCAAGAACACUGGUAUUGUCGAUCGAAAAGGAGUGGUCACAUUUUACGGCCGUGGAGCGAGUUUUUCGUGCGAUGUAGACACAGAUGUCGAGUGUGUGGAUAAAUCUCUUGAAAUUAUCCCUAAAUGUCACUUCACUUUUUUGCAGCUGCACGAUAUGGAGUUGUUCUUAAAAGGCGGUAAAUCUCACCCCGCUGUACAAUCGGUUGCCGAUGCGAUGGAUGAUAAUAUAAUGCGUUUAGUGGAAGGAUGCCCUGAGGGUACUCUGUUGUUCGUGGUGUGUGGCAGUGGCGAUAUUCGUGAGGUCAGGAAACUCCAACAGGACGACUUUGCUGAUCCAAGUCAACUCAAGAAAGCUGUCAUGAUCGCUCGUACUGGCCUAGUGACAGCUUGUAUAGUUACUUAGUUAGUCAUUUAUUAUAUAGCCAUUUAUACCGGUAGUUAUUAUUUUAUGUUUUGAAUACUAGCACUCUUGAAUUUUGAGCACAAAAAAUUAAUUAUUGUUAAUUGAA